AUGCUUUCCUCCUCCACGUCGGCGGCGCUGCUGCUAUCGACGACGGUGCCAUCAUCUCCAUUCGUGCGCACUUCGACGACGGCUUUACAAGGGCCGCUGAUGUCGAUUGAGCUGACUCGCCAGCGUCAAAACGAAUUAGACUGCAGCUCCAACGACCUGCAGACAGCUGGACCACACUAUCACUCUGCCCUGCCAGUGUUCAUCAAGACCCUGGCUCCAUGUGGCACCACGGAGUCACGACACGGGCUCGGCGUGCGCUCCCCAUCAUCGCCCUCCUCCUUCGCCUUACAAUUAGAAAUGACCAAGUCUAGCUUGACCCCACUCAUUGAAGCCGCAGAGCAAGUGCUUCCAUCGAGUGACCAGACCACGUUGCCGCAAUACGUGCACUCGAGCACGCUGAAGCGAAGUCUGCCACUGACGCUACCUCCCAUAAUGCAGGCUAUACGCGGCUGCCCUCUCGGAGCCCCGCGAGCGUCAAAGAGAUCUCGCGCCGAUUCAAACGAUGGUCUGGAUGAGCAGGUUAUCUACCCCUUGCUUGAUUACGUGCCCAUUCGGUCAACCAUCUGCUUUUCUGUUCCUCAACAACUUGCACGGAAUUUGCCGCAUGAACAAGAUCACGAACAUAACGUCAUAAAUCAUGUGUCGAACAUCCGCACACAUCCAUUAAACGGCGUCGAGACAAGAUCGCAGGACGCACUGGGACCACCUCGUAUCAGCAAUUCUGUAUGGGAAGUAGUACUGGCUACAAACAUGUUUCCGACGAGCAUUUGCCUCGAAGAGAACAGAAGAGUCAGUAUCGUUUCUCCAACUGGUCAGGGCACAGUCAACUUAAGUAGCGAAAACUUUGUUGACUCAGCUACGAACAGAGCAGUAAAGCAAAGCCACCACUUCGUCAAAGAGCAGGAAUGCGGCGCUGCCCCAUUUCGUACUGCAAAGGAAGAAAAAGCUGUACUGCCGCCAUACGUACCGAUACAAACUCCCGCUAACGACGAUUCGCAAUGCACGACCACGCGCAUCGACGAGAAACAUUGCAGCCUGCAUUCGAUCGGUCGUGGCCCUCUUGACCAGAAACACAAGCUCGUGAUCCCGCGAGACAUGCCGUUUAACCCGCUCAGUCUUAGAUCCAUCAUGGAUAACAAGUCUACUUCUUCGUCGUGUUGCGACGUUUCCGAUAUGUCGAAGACCAGUGCCGGCUCGUUCCUCGCGAGAACUGGCCGUGAGGACAGGAAACCAAUAAAGCCAACUCAGCGAGUCCCGAAGCGGUCUGACUAUUCCCAGCACGAUUUGGUGCGUAGCGGUCGGUGGUCGGUGGAGGAGGAGACUUACGCCAAAGCGAUGAUCGAAGCGUUCAAGUCUGGUAUUCUUCCACUUCACGGGAACACAUCUUUACGCAAGUUUCUGUCCGAAGUACUCGUGUGUCACCCGAUGCGCAUUAGCAAAAAGUUUGUGGGCUAUGUGCGGAAGUAUCACUGGUACCGUAUCACCGCGGGCAAAUGUGACCCGAAAGUGAAGCGACAGGCCUUGUACAAACUGAGGAGCCUCGAACGAAAUUUCUGGAUGUCUCAGAAACAGAACAGCGAGCGACCUUCCGGUCACUGA